AUGAAUGGCCAAGUAUUAAAUAUAUUAUGUAUAUUUGGUAUAUAUUUCUUUUUUAUUCUAUAUGGAGUCGUGCAAGAAAAAAUACACAAUUUGGGUAAUAGAAAGAUCAAUGAUCAUUUUCAUUAUAACUUAUUUCUUGUUUCUUGCUUCUGUUUGGUCAAUAGUAUUGUAAGUUUAUUUAUAUUGUGGGUCAAUAAAAAAAGAUAUGCAAAUAUAAAUAAGGAUCCAAAAAAAGUAGAUGGAGAUCAAUUAAAUAAUCAAUAUCAUGACAAUUCAAUCUUAAAUAUAGAAAUUGGAUGUCUAUAUGAGAUAUUAUUAACUUCUAUAACAUAUGUUGCUGCAAUGGUAUUAACUAAUAUUGCACUUGGUAAAGUAAAUUAUCCAACUCAAGUAUUAGUAAAAUCAGCAAAAUGUGUUCCAAUAAUUGUAAUUGGUUUAUUAUAUUUUAAAAUUAAAUAUCCCUGGUAUGAUUACUUAGCAGUUAUUACAAUAACAAUAUCAUUAUCAUGUUUCAAUAUGAUGCAAAUACAAAAUAAACAAGCUGAUACAAAUCAAACUUUAUUUGGUAUCGGAUUAUUAAGUCUAUCAUUAUUAUGUGAUGGUUUAACAGGUCCAAGGCAGGAUAAGUUAAUAUCAAAAUAUAACAUUUCUUCAAAUAAAUUAAUGUUUUAUACAAAUUUGUUUGCAACCAUAAUGUGUGGAAUAUUAUCAUUAAUAAUUGAAGGCUUUGAACCAUAUAGAUUUAUAUUAAGAUAUAAAGACAGUGUUUAUUUUAUUUUAUUAUUAUCAUUAACCGGAACGUGUGGUCAAUUUUUUAUUUUUCAAUCUCUUAUUAGAUUUGGCUCUUUAUAUCUAGCAAUAAUAACAACAACAAGAAAAUUUUUUACAGUAUUAUUAUCGGUUUUACUAUUUAAUCAUAAUUUAUUAUUUGGUCAAUGGAUUUGUGUAAUAUUAAUAUUUAUUGUAUUAGGUAUUCAAUCAAUUUAUUCAAGAUUAAACGUGAAGAUCAAUAAAGAAUAG